UUUUCUUUGUAUAUUUUGUCCUCCUUCUUAAAAAACAUCGUGUCCUUUUCAAACAGUGUCGAACCUGUUUAAUCUCAAAGAAUUUAAGGUACGGGAAAAUCGCCUGUAGCGCUUGACAGCUACAGGAUGUGUAGUGCUAUAAAACAAACACAACGUGUAAUUUAAAACAUGGCUUCGGAAACGUUGUACAUUGCGGCGCCUUAUAAACACAGUCGAGCACUUAGCAAGGCUUCUGGUGUUGAAGUAUGGAUGAAACUUGAAAAUUGUCAGCCGUCUGGUUCUUUUAAAACACGUGGCAUUUCUCACAUGUGUGUAAAACAUAAGAACAGUCCACGAUUCGUAUGUUCAUCUGGCGGUAAUGCGGGGCUAGCUGCUGCAUAUUCUGGGAAACAGCUCGGUGUACCUGUCACCAUAUUCGUACCACUAACCACCACGCAGUUGGUGAUUGAUAAACUGAAAGACGAAGGCGCGGACGUUGUAAGAGGGGGCGCAGCAUGGGACGAAUGCAACCAGAAUGCGUUGAAAUUCGUUGAAGAAACGGGCUCCGUAUACAUCCCACCGUUUGAGCACCCAUAUAUUUGGGAAGGGAAUUCGUCCAUAAUAGCUGAACUUGACAGCAAGCCAGACUUGGUGAUAUGCUCAGUAGGUGGGGGUGGUUUAAUGUGUGGGAUCGUGGAAGGGUUGGUGAAAAGAAAAUGGGAUGAUGUACCAGUGCUUGCUGUAGAAACACAUGGAUCUAAUAGUUUGUACCAGGCUGUACAAGCUGGAAAGCAAGUAACAUUGCCUGCAAUUACAAGCAUUGCAAUUACAUUGGGAGCAAAGACAAUUGGUAAACAAGCAUUUGAACUUACCAAAUCCCACCCAAUUAUACCAUGCCUUGUUUCAGACGAAGAUGUUGUGAAAACUAUAUCUCAAUUCUUAGAUGAUGAAAAGAUAUUGGUUGAGCCAGCUUGUGCUGCUUCUAUUGCUGUGUUAUACAAUGGAAAGUUAAAAGAGCUUGCAAGCUCAAACCCUAAACUUGGAAAUGUUAAAAAAGUUGUUCUUGUUGUUUGUGGUGGUAGUGGUGUAACUAUUGAAAUGCUUAAGAACUGGAAACAAAUGUUUAACAUAAAAUAAUACAGAAUGUGUUAUAACUUGUAUGUGUAUGUGUAAUUUAAAAAUGAUACAUUCUUAUUUGCUCUUCAAAAUAAUGAAAAUAUAUAACAUUCCUGUAUAUGUAUUAACAUAUUUUCACUUUUAAAUUCGUCGCAUUCAUUAUACCUCGUCUACAUGAGUGGUGUUUAAAACAUCAAAAUAAAUUUCAAUUUAUUACAGAA